AUCCAACCUUGAUUCCUACCCAGUACGCACAUAGCAACAUGGGAAUUAACACUACUGCUCUUGCUGCAAAAUUCCCUUUCUUUACUCCUUCGGAAAUCGCUGCCUUUCAUCAACAGUUUGCUGCCGUGGACAAGGAUAAUCAAGACCGCGUUCAUACUAGCGACCUAUCCGCCAUUUCCACCAAAACAGGCGAAAGUUUCCAGGCCGUAACUGCCAAACUUACUCAACUCAGUUUGACUGACAAGGAUGGUCUAGUAUCAUUUGAUGGUUUCCUCAAGGCCGUGUCCAAGGUUCGUGAAGAAAAAGGUGGUACUACUGAGCGUGACGACAAAAAAAUCGUUCUUCAUGGACACAUGGAAAACACAACGCACACCAUCAAUGUGGACGAAAAAGAGUCGUUUACUGUUCACAUUAACCAGCAACUUGCCAAUGAUAAAGAUGUCAAGUCGCGUCUUCCCAUCGAUCCCCGUUCUAUGCAAGUGUUUUCUGAAUGCAAAGAUGGUCUGAUUCUUGCCAAGCUGAUCAAUGACUCUCAGUCAGGCACCAUUGAUGAGCGUGUACUCAAUGUGGGUAAAAAACUCAACACGUUUCAAAUGACUGAAAACAACAAUGUUGUUGUCAAUUCUGCCAAAGCUAUUGGAUGCAGUGUUGUCAACAUUGGCUCUCAAGACAUUAUGGAAGGUCGUGAGCAUCUUAUUCUCGGUCUGAUCUGGCAGAUCAUCAAGAUUGGUUUACAAGCCUUUAUUGACAUCAAAGUUCAUCCUGAGCUGUUUCGUUUGUUGGAGAAUGGCGAACUGCUUGAGGAUUUCCUUAAACUUCCAGCAGAACAAAUUCUUCUUCGUUGGUUCAACUACCAUCUCAAAAAAGCUGGUCAUGCUCGCAAGGUCAACAACUUUACCAGUGAUGUCAAGGAUGGAGAAAACUACACGGUUCUCUUGAACCAACUUGCACCCGAAUGUUGUUCACGUUCCCCACUGCAAACACCAGAUCUCUUGCAACGUGCUGAACAAAUCCUUGUGAAUGCUGAUAAGAUUGGUUGUCGCAAGUAUCUUACUGCCAAAACCAUGGUUGAAGGAAACCAAAAACUCAAUUUUGCUUUUGUAGCCCAUUUGUUCAAUACCCGACCGGGUCUGGAAAAGCUUACAGAGGCUGAAAUGGCCCAACUUGAUGACUGGCUGUUCAAAUCGGAAGGAGACCGUGAAGCUCGUGCUUUUGCACUUUGGCUCAACAGUCUUGGUGUUGAACCCUUUGUCAACAACCUGUUUGAUGAUCUAUGUGAUGGACUGGUGUUGCUUCAAGCUAUGGACAAGGUUCAUCCAGGUCUUGUUGAUUGGAAAAAAGUAAAUCGCCCUGCACCCGUUGCAAGCAAGUUUAAAAAAGUAGAAAACACAAACUACGUUGUUGUAUUGGGAAAAUCCCUCAAGUUUUCACUAGUUGGUAUUCAAGGAUCUGAUAUCGUUGAUGGCAACAAAACCCUCACACUGGGUCUUGUUUGGCAACUCAUGCGUGAACAUGUUGUGCAAACUCUCAAAUCUCUUUCCAAAGCGGGUCACGACAUCACUGAUAGUGAUAUUGUCAAAUGGGCCAAUGAUGCUGUCAAGGCAUCUGGCAAGUCAUCUACCAUGUCGAGCUUCAAAGACCCAUCGUUACACAAUGGUAUCUUUUUACUGGAUCUUCUCCAAGCCAUUAAAAAGGGAAUUGUGAACUCUGAAUUGGUGACAAACGGUGCUACGGACGAGAGUGCCAAAAUGAAUGCCAAGUAUGCCAUCUCGAUUGCUCGAAAACUCGGUGCUACCAUUUUUGUUCUUCCCGAAGAUAUUGUCGAAGUCAAGUCUAAAAUGAUUAUGACGUUUGUUGGUACCAUCAUGGCUUUGGCCAAAUCGGGCGUACUCAACUAAAUGCUUACCUGUUCUGGCUACGCAUCAUUUUACUCGCCAGCAAUGCAACAACUAUGGCAAUUGUGGUAUUGAAGUCUUGCUAUUUCAAAACUUGGAAUAUAUUUUUGACUUAUUUGAAUGGAAUGUUGGAAUUUUAAAUCAUGAUUCGAUAGUUUAUCUGAACCAAAACGGUCGAGUUGAAUACAUUUCAAGUAUAAUACCAAAUCUUGAAUAUUUAGAUUUCUAUUCAAGUAUCAACUGGUUUAGUGAUUCGACUCUUCAGUUUCUUUUAAUAUUUCGUUUUAUUACGACCAGUUCAUAUCUCGACUGAAUAAAACCUGUUUAAAAUAUG